GUGAGCCCAGCCUUUUUCAUACGGCUGUAUUGCAAUAGCUUUAAAGUAAGGUUGUACCCGAAGUGUAGUAUAGAAACCGUGCAAUACAUUCACGCCUUCGGGUGCGGGGUGCAGAUGUCUUGGCAUGGCACAGUUAAUGUGGCAGACCCCACCACCGUUGCUUGCAUAUCAUAUAAAGCAAUAGGAAUCCAUAUUGCACGGUGUAUAUAGGCCCUUUCCUAGCAUCUGGAAUACGCUUAAUUUCCGAUAUAUUCACAAACCGCACAGAUUCCUUCGGGGAAUUUCCAACGCCAUAACUAAACAUGACCGCCGAGCGUUCAGUCUCUAUUCUUGGCUUGGGCCAAAUGGGCUCUGCCCUUGCUCGAGCCUACGUGAGAGCGGGAUGGAAAGCGAUUGUUUGGAAUCGAUCCGCCGCUAAAGCUGAAUCCUUGGUCGCUGAAGGUGCAAUCGCUGUGAAAUCGAUAACCGAAUGUGUCAGUGCAAGUCGCCUCGUCAUUACCUGCCUUCUGGAUCACAAAGCACUCCACGAGAUCUUCGCCAACGUGAGCCCUCAUCCCGACGAUGGAGCAGUCUUAGUGGACUUUACCUCGGGCACUGCUGCCCAAAUUCAGGAGACUCAACGAAUGAUCAAGGACUUACACAUUUCGGCUUAUAUUCGUGGUAUUGUGUGUACAACACCUGCGUAUGUGGGUACUCCGGAAACGUCGCUCUACUAUAGCGGCAAUUCAGAGGCUUUUAAAGCAAUUUCUGAUGACAUCAGAGUCCUUGGGAAGCCACUCUAUAUUGGGGAUGAUCCAAGUUCAGCCAGCAUCCAAGAAUGUAUUCUUGUGAAUACCUUAUUCGGCCUCGUCGCUGGGUUUCUCCAGUCAAUGGCGGUGCUGAGAAAGUCGAACCUUUAUUCCCACGGGAGUGCUGAACGUUUCCUGUCGGAGGCCAUAGCACCGUUACUUGCGCAUGACUACCCUUGCAUGCUCAGAGACUACGCGAGGCAGAUCGAUAAGAAGCAGUACGGUAGCACCGAGGGUGCCCGGUUGGGUCUGGUGGUCCACUCCUUGGAGUCUUUAAUGCAGCAUCAUUCGGAACUGGGUCUUGCUAGUGUAGUAUUGGCCCCACUACAGGAACUUGUCAAAACUAGAAUUGCACAGGGAGGAGCAGAUGAGGAACUAAGUAGCCUGGUCGAGACCAUUUCUGACUCGCAAAAGAAACACUAAGGUCAGGCGCGGGCAGUGGGACCGUUGGGAUUCGGCGGUUGAUAUUCGAAUCUCUCCUUCCGUUCUCGUUACGUUUGAGCCUAUAUGUAGUAGUCACGUGCUCUGGUUCAGCGAGUACAGAGAGGGUUUUGAGAGCAGGCAGGCAUGAUAGCACUCCCGAGCGUCUGCAUCUAAACCAGCUAGGGCAAUUGAAUAAUUGUGUGAUCGAUUGUGUGCGGUACAAAUUGCCCGAAUACCUAGACCUCGAGAAGACGAAAACAAUCAGUCUUCCUAUUUGCCUUCUUCUAAGC